AUGCUGCCAGCACCAAGAAAAUUUCGGUGCCAAACGCAGACCGAAGUUAUUCAAUUAAAGUUCGAGUGGACCAUUCACCAAUUAGCGUUCCUUAAAUCCUUUGAAAAAUGGGGAGAUUAUUCUUCAUCUGCAUUUUUUCACGAAAAAGACCCUAGUACAAAAUGGUUGGUGCGAUUGGUGGACGAGGGUUCCAAUAAUAUGAAGAUCCAACUGUAUGAAACUAAUAGAUAUAGAUUAUUUAAUCCCGUCCGAGUGACUAUUGCCAUUUUGAAUCAAAACCGCGAAAAGAUUUUCCCGCAACAACUCCGUUUACCAGAGAAUACUUGUUUACCCCAUUGUAUUUUUCAGAUUGAAAAAACAAAUUUAGUUGAGUCUCAGUGCUAUGUCGAUGGAAAAAUCACCUUCGACUGUGAGAUGGAAUAUUUAAUUCCAAAAGAUCCUGCACUUUUAGGCAAGUCGUCUACAGCUGCAGAUAUCCACGAGAAACCAUUCAGCAACAGCGAUCAACUGAUUGCUCAACUGGAAGGACUCUUUGAAACUAUGAAGUUUUCCGACAUCGUCUUUAACGUCCGUGGACGAAAAUUUAAAGCUCACAAGAGCAUUUUGGCCGCAAGAAGUAAAUUUUUCGCUGCGAUGUUCGAACACCCAACAAAAGAAAAUCUGACGAACCAAAUCGAAGUUGAAGACGUCGAGCCGGACGUGUUCCAGGAAAUCCUCCGCUUCAUCUACACUGGCCGUCUGUCGGAAUCAACGAUGGGGAAGAUGUCUGUCAGAAUACUUGCAGCCACCGAUAAAUAUCUGUUGGAUCAAUUAAAAGCAGAAUGUGAGACGAUGAUGAUUUACAGAAUGUCGACAAAAAAUUGCCUGGAAUUACUUUUAUUUACCGAAGAAAACCAUCCAGCCUUUCAUUUGAGGAAGUAUGCGGUAGAAUUCUUCCGUAAUUUCUCCAGCAAAGUGAUGGCGACGAAGGAUUGGGAAGAGGCCGAACAAGAUCAUCCCAAACUAUGUUUCAGUGUGAUAAAGACUUUAGUCAAGACUGUUUAG